UAAAUAGGAAUCAAGUGAAGAAUCGAGUCAUAAGCUUAUCAUCAUUGGAGGUGUAAAUAUAUUGGAUUUUAUUUUCUAAUAUUUAACAUAGGAAUAUAUUGUUGCACAGGAUGAACAAUUUUGAUUACGACGCUUUUGUGAUUUACAAUCCCCAUGGUCAGGACCAGGAGUUUGUCAGUCUUAUGACCCAAGUGCUGACCUCCCCUCCCUACAACCUCAGACUCUACGUGCCAUGGUCUGAUAACAACGAACCCUUUGAAGCUGUAGCCACGGCUGAAAAUAUCGAGAAAAGAUGUAAGAAAGUUUUAGUUGUAAUUUCGGCGGAAUCCAUGGAGAGUGAUUUGUUUCAUUUUCAACUUCGAAUUGCCCAUUCCAUGUCGCCAAGUGCCAAAACUAGAAAAAUAAUACCCAUUCGACUUGAUGGUACUGAGGUUCCAGACAUGAUUAGAUUUUCAACUCCUUGCGACUAUUAUAAACAAGAUCUCCGUGUAUUCAUAUGGGAUAGGAUUUUUGCAUCGUUCAAAGAUUAUUCCCGACCAAAGAAAUCCAAAGUUCUUAAAACAGUGUCAUUUCCACCCAAUCGGCAAGUCCCAGCUGCAGUACAAACUUUUUCGCCACUGCGUAGAGUAAAAUCUUGGUGGAGAAUGAGAGCAACUGUAGCAUAAGGCCAUGUUGGAAUUUGUAUAAAAUACUAUGACGACAAACCACACCAGAGACAUCAUGAGUGAAAAAGGAAAACCAAGAUGGACCUUCUACAUCCAUUUCGACGAAUCACUUUUACAAGACUUUUUGCAUCAAAGGUGCAGUAUAGGUCCAGUGAGAAAAACAAUAUUGCCAGAAACUCUUCUGUUUCACUCGCGUAGAAAGGAAAUCCAGAAGUUAUGUUGACAUUAAAUAAGUUUUGUGCAAUAUCAACAUCCUUCAUUAUCCUUGCAAACUUUCGUUUUUAUAUUUGUGCGGGAAACACAAUACGUGUUUGAUGUAAGGAUCUUAGCAUUGCUGUAAUAAAUCUUGAAAUCCAACCUAUUUU